UUAGAUGCAAGGACACGAAUACAAUAAUUUACAUAUGUUUGAUAUUUGUUGAUUAGUGAUUUGUGUAACCAAAACUAAAAAGUACAAGCGACUGUGGGUGGUAAGUAAUACUUGGAAUUACUGCCAAGAACUAAUCGACGCAUUUGAAGAAAACUAUUUAGCUUGGAUAAAUCGAAAAUACCGAUCACCAUAAUUUUUUCUAUUUCAUUGGACGAAAAUCAUUCACACGCAAUGAAAAAUGUAAAUGUUCAACUAAGUGAGGAUACAACAAAUAUUGAAUAUAAGGAUGUUGUUAUCAUAGGCAAUGGACCCAGUGGUAUUGCAUUGUCGUACAUAUUAGAUGGAAAUUUUCCGUAUUACAAUCAAAAACCACAUCCAGAUGAAUUAUUAACAGCACGAUUGCAAUAUAUAUCACAUUCAAAAUCAUUACUGGAACAAGAUUUAGAUCAUUUAGCAACGGGUCUUGAAGGGCGUAGUGCAAAUCCUGUAUCAUUAUUGGUUGAUGCAUUAGAACAUCCAAAUGCUGAUUUAGGUUAUCAACAUUCUAGUUUAUUACUUUGGAAACAUCAUACAGAUAAAAAGAUCGAUCAUGUAGUAUUAGGUAAAGGUCCACCAGGUGGAUCAUGGCAUUUUAUGGAUCCACAUAUAUUAACAUUAUCGUUAGGAUCAUGGAUGGCAUUGCCAGGUCUACCAUAUCCAAAUAAUUCAACAGGCACUAGAACAUCAGCUGGCAACGUGGCCAAAUAUUACUUAGAUUAUGUGAAACAACAAAAUUUAGAAAAAUAUUUCCGUAACAAAACAAUCAUCACGGAAAUACGUAUGCUAAAAAAAUGUAAACGGAAAUUAACAACAGGUACAACGGAUAAUAAUAACGCAUUAAAAGAUUUUAAUUCGAAUACAACAUUGAAUUCAUCAUCGACAUCGGACAAUUGUACGGAUUGUAUGUGUACGUUAAAGAAAUCAAAUCGAAAAUGUCGUUUAAUUUGUUGUAAAUGCUGUCAACAAACAAAAUAUAAACGUAGUGCAAGUUGUAUCGAAGAUGAUGAUUUUAAUUUAUAUUCAGACGAUGAUAAUAACAACGAUAGUGGUUUCUUUAAUUCUCUACCAGAGAAGAAAAAGAAUUUUCGAGAAGUAUGCAGUAUUUUAGAUAGAUCUCAAAGUUUUACAUGUGAUAAACGUAAUUAUUUAAAUUGUACACAAUUCUGUUAUUUUAAAGACAAUAAUAUUUAUGAAAACAUUAACAAUAAUAAUAAUAAUAACAAUAAUAAUAAUAGUUAUUGUCAGUUAUUACGUCAUAGGAAAACUCAAAAAUUUAAUAAUGAAAAAACGAUAAUGGAGAAUGAAAAAAAUAAUUGUGAUUAUAAAUGGCAAAUAACUGGUUUUGAUUGUCAAUUAGGACAAACGUUUAUUUAUUUUGCGAAAGCUGUUGUAUUAGCGACAGGUUCAAGUGAUCGUCCAAAUCGUUUAGGUAUCGAUGGUGAAGAUGAAAAUCCUGAAUUUAUUUUACAUAAUUUACGUGAUUUAGAAUUAGCAUUUGAUGGGAUGACCGAUGAAGAACGUAAUGUUGCAGAUCCUGUUUUAAUUGUUGGUGCUGGAUUAAGUGCGGCUGAUGCAGUGAUUGUUGCACGAAAUCGAUCGUUAUCAGUACUACAUGUUUUUCGACGAAAAAAUGUUGGUCUUGACAAGCAAUUACCCGAAAAUAUGUAUCCGGAAUAUCAUAAGGUUCAUCGAAUGAUGUCGGAUACAAAUGGAACCUAUCCAUUAUACACAGCAUUACCGGAACAUAAAUUAAUAAAUAUCAAUUCAAAAACACGUGAAAUCACACUUGAAAAUACAAAAACCGGUAUAUAUAGUACCCAAAAAGUAUCAUUUAUUGCAAUAUUAAUUGGCUCUCGACCAAAUUUAAAUUUCUUACCAAAAACCAUUAAUUUAGGUAUUAAUAAGAAUUCACCAAUCGAUUGUAAAACAAAUCCUGUCGAUAUUAACCCAUUCACACAUAAAGUAUUAAAUACUGAUGGAUUAUAUGCGUUAGGUCCAUUGGCAGGUGAUAAUUUUGUACGAUUUAUACCGGGCGGUGCAUUAGCAACUGCAUCCGAUUUAUUUAAAACACUUCAUCCGGAUAGUAUCAAUGAUGAUUCUGAUGAUGAAAGUGAAAUUUCUCAAGAUAGUGGUCAUUCCAUAAUUUAGAAAAAAAAGAAAUGAAUGCAGAUGCACAAUUGAUUCGUUUUACAUCAUUCCUUCUCCACUCUAUCUCUUUCUCUCUCUCUCUGAUCGGUUACAAUUUUGCGUCUGGUUGCGAAGAUUGUGGCAGAUUUUUUUUUAUAAUGUGUUUUUGUGUGUGAUUGAAAAUUUUAUAAAGAUCUUUUUAUUUGUAUAGGAUAAAUUUUUGAAAAAAAUAUAUAUUUAUGAUUCUUAAUUUUUUUAUGUGAAAUUAUUUUAAUGUUAAAAAUGAGAUUUAAUGUUUCCGUUGCCGGUUCUAACAGCAAACUUUAGUAUUAGUCAUCAAUGUGUUGACAACAGAUUAUUAUUAUGUUAGAAUAUAAUAUUUGUAAAAUCUUUUUUAGCAGGUCUAGAAGAGCAAACAAAUUUCACAUCGUUAAUAAUAAUAAUAAUAAUAAUACAUAAGAGAGGUAUCGCAAAUGGAUCCCAGCACCCAUAGACCAAGGAGUCUUUUGUGGGAAGGGCAGACUCAGGCAGUCAGGGGCAUAUGAGAUGAACCCUCUCGUAUCAAGGAGUCCGUUGCCUCAUACCCUUUAACAUUAUAGUGGCCUGGUUUCGUAGCCAUUCCUUGAUUUGGUAAAUUACGAAGUAUCUUGUUAUGGGAAGGGCAGACUCAGGCAGUCAGGGGCAUAUGAGAUGAACCCUCCCGUAUCAAGGAGUUCGUUGCCUCAUUCCCUUUAACAUUAUAGUGGCCUGGUACCCAGAUCGUCCUGACUGUGUUACAUCGAUGAAGAGCUUCAAAUUUAUUUUUUUUAAAUUUCGGAGUGAUUCUGUAAAUAGCAGUUAAAAACUAUUCUCGAAUUCCGAUGAAAGAAAUAGUAACUUCUCGUUUACAUAUUGAAAACGAAUGCAAUUACUUCACAUUAAAAUGUUUGCAAUGAGCGCCGGGAACGGAAAUAUUUUUAAAAAAAGGCGAUAAUCGUACGCAAGUAUUUUUAUAAUUAAGUUUUUGAAAUGAAAAGUUUCGAAUUUCGACUUUAAAAAAUGUGAAAUGUUUUUCGUAAAUGGAUAAAUUAGAAUUGUACGUUUUUUUUGGAAAAUUGUUUGAGGCACGUUUGAAAUGUUUAUCCACUAUUAAAGCGUACGAAAUUAAAAAUAAGUAAGACAAAUGAUUUUC